AGCUGCCCACCGCACUAUUAGAGUCAUAACAAGCUGAAUUGUGCAAAAUAUGUCAUGGGAUGUUUUCAAUAUUUUUUGUUAUGUGUUUUGUAUACCUAAUGUGACCUCUAAAUUAGAUAGAUGGCAUAAGUAAGUGUAUUUUAUCUACUUCUAUCUCGAGUAAUGAAAUUAGUUGUACAAGUUUCCUUUUGAAAUAAAUUUGUAGUCAUCAUUUGUCUCGUUUUCGUCUUUAUUUAUUCUUGCAGGCUGAACGUGGCACUACAGGUCUGCCAGGGAGAUAUUAAUUAGAAUAUGUAAAUUAUAUUUAGGCACCACUCGAUGACCGAUUCUGAGGGACAGGGUUUGAGUUUUUAUAUCUCCCAUGUUACCUGCCUGCUUAAGGCACUAGCAAGCAGGCUUUGUAAAUGACAUGAAGACGAUUUGCACAAGUGUACCGGAAGUUACGUAGGCGUAGUGGGCUGGCGCAAUCAGCUGGAACGAACAAUAACAUAACGCCAUGAAGAGUCUGUGUGUGGUAAACACUUUGAGGUUACAUUGUAUUAAGUACGCUGAAUAAGGAGUCAUAUCCUUUUUAGUAAGUGUAGCGAUAUUGUUGGCUAUUGUGUCGCGUUGGUUGGCUAUAUUGUAGCAGUUGUCUAGAGGGAGGUCUGAAAGUUCGAUUGGAAGUAGGCUAUAAUCAGCCAUAGAUUACAGCAAUAAUGUCAGUAAUACUAAGUAAUAAAUCAGACGAUGAAAUAAGAUGGAUGUUAGAAGACUACGGGAUCAAACAUGGGCCAGUUGUUGGUUCAACGCGGCAGUUAUACGAGAGGAAGCUCAGGGAAGCCAUGGCAAUUGAGAAAAAAGCGAGACUGAGACCAAGGCCACCUUCUGAAAGGACCUUUUACAGAGAGGAGGAAGAGAUCACCUAUGUACACCGUCAGCCUCGAUUCAGGGAUGAGGAUUUCCACGAAAGAAUCUUUUUUUUCAGGCAAUGGAAGUAUAGAGAAAUGGAUGCUGUAGAUGACUACAUAGCGCAAGCCACUCACCGCAACAUGACCCAGUCAGCACCAGCUGCUUCAAGGUGGGGAACCGCGCCUCCUGCCCCUGAGGAGAAGAGCUCCUCUCGUCGGAUUCCAGUGUGGGUGCAGUUUCUGGUGUUCCUGCUAUUCAUUGCCCUCCUAUUCUUUAUCUUCACCAACAUGGAGCCAGCUGAGAGUGUGCCCUUUAAAAGAAUAAAUUAGCCAUGUAGGGCUGAGCUCUGUUUUACCUGUUGGCACACAUUUUCCUGAGGGCCUUUUAGGGUUUGGUGCUACGUAUGUACAGAGACAGCCAGAGCAAAGUCAGUGUCCCCACCUGUGGAAAUAUUUGUAAAUGUGUAAUUUUGUUGUUUGUUCAUUUUGUAAAAGGCUGAAAUGUCAGAAUCUCCGAGAUGUCAACAGAACAAAGGAUGUCUUCCCUUAGUAUCUCGUUAAGCUUUUGUUGGUACUUCCUGUUUGUCUGAGAGGUUAUAGUAGUGCACUGAGUGAAUCAUAGUAUAACUGUGACAUCAUCAGUGACUCGCACAACUCACUGGCAUUCAAAAUGUGAUGAACUAUUUCACUGUCUUGAUUGUCGGAGUGUGUGCAAGGUGAGGUGAAUGCCCAUAUGAAUGUAUCACAUAUCUGAUGAUAUUUAUAUUUCCUAGGUCUGUAAAAAUUACAUUUAUAUUGUGUUUUGUAAGUAAGUGGUGGGGGACAGGUGCAGUCUCUGUAGUAUAAAACAAACCAAACAGUAUUACCACUACUGUGAUGCACUGUAAUUAUAAAGUACACAUUUUCAUUCUUAACUUUGAUUUCUCAGAUUUGUUCAGUUUUGUACAAUAUUCUCCUGCAUAUUUAAUUGCAAAAAUAAAUAACUUAAAUUGUG